AUGGACAAGCUCAUCUCUCUCUUUGUUUUUUCAGCACUCUCACAGAUUGUAGUGUCUCAUGUUCCCACUGAGACGUCUUUCAGAGCCAACAUUGAGUUAGUGUCAGGAUAUUCGAGGAUCUUCUCGGGGGAGACAGCCCGCCUGAGAUGCAGUAUUCCUGAUGUGCACAGGUCUAACUGGACUUACCUGUGGUUCAGGGGGUCUGAGGAGCUCUCACAGACUGGGGAGGAAUUAAAUCUGUGGAAUACCAAAGUUCAAGAGAGCGGGAAAUACUACUGCCAAGGAACAAGAAAUACGAAGGUGGGAAAGAUUCGCACCCAGCAAAGUGUCCCUGUGGAGCUCAAGGUGGACGGUGGCUGGGCGAUUCUGCAAGUUCCACGACAUCCUCAACUUGUCGGGAGCACAUUGGAGGUGACAUGUCGUGUCAGAGGGAACCCCCGACUUGAAGAGAUUAUUUUGUACAAAGAUGGCGUUGAAGUAAUGAGACAAAAUGGUCACAAGCCAGAUUUCUAUCUGACCAACUUGAGCUUUGAGGACCUAGGAGUAUAUUCUUGCAGGGCUUCCUGGGAUGUGAGGAGACAAACACUCUCUGUCACUUCUGCUGGCGCUCAUGUACAGAUCUUAGAGGUUCUGUCACAGCCAAUUUUGGAGAUCAUCCCCAACUAUGAUACUCAGCUAAAGAGGAUGAAGCUCAUUUGCCAUGUGCAGUACAACGCCCCUGCUCCUGCCCCUCCGAUAGACUUCUAUUUCUACAAAAAUGACAGGCGACUGGGACCUGCAACAUCUGACAACUAUAAUGUAGUGAAACAGACUGCAGGGCUGUACAGCUGCAAGGCCAGGGUGCCUCAGUUGGGCCUCUCGAAGUCCAGUGAACCCAAAAACUUUGGACUAAUAAGAGUUGCACAGCCUCAGAGGCCAUCUCAUCUCUGACCCAACGGAACUUGAGAAGAUGUCACCUCUUCAUCCUGGACUCCAAAGGCCAGUAUUUCGCCUUGCUUCAGCCACAGAUGACUUCCCACCUGCUGCUUCACUACCAACCUCCCCUAACCUCUCCUCUCACCAGCCCAUCCAGUUCACUCCAGAAAAGAGUACACCAUCACAACGGCCUUCACUGAAGACUUCACAAGCAGUCCCAACCAGUUUGCUGACUACAGACCAGGUUUUUAACUCAGCUAUAACUCAAGAUCAGGCAAAUCGAGUCAAGAAACCUGGUAACAUGUCUGGAGAUACAGAAGAUGUUACACACUGAAGAAAAACAAUGGUUCACAGCGAUCCAUCAGUUCUGUGUUACUGACAGCUUCCAUUACAAUAACUGGCCUGCGUUGCUUUUGGUAAGGGAUUAUGAGUAAUAGCCCUAGUAAUCAGCC